GAGGGGGCGUGGCUUCACAGCAAGCCCCGCCCCGCGUGCGCGCGCCCGGCGCCGGAAGCGCGAAAGGCCGCGGGGAGGCGGAAGCGCGCGCGGGGCCGCGGCCUGAAGAUGGCGGCGAAAACACAGGGCGGGAUCCGCCUGAGCGCGCUGUGUCCAAAGUUCUUGCACACCAACUCCACCAGUCACACCUGGCCCUUCAGUGCAAUUGCAGAACUCAUAGACAAUGCCUAUGAUCCAGAUGUGAGUGCCAAACAGAUCUGGAUCGACAAGACCGUCAUCAAUGACAACAUCUGCCUGACGUUCACCGAUAACGGCAACGGCAUGAACUCCGAGAAGCUGCACAAAAUGCUCAGCUUUGGAUUCAGCGAGAAGUCGGUGAUGAACGGCCGCGUUCCCGUGGGGCUCUACGGGAACGGCUUCAAGUCGGGCUCCAUGCGCCUGGGCAAGGAUGCCAUCGUCUUCACCAAGAACGGGGACACCAUGAGCGUGGGGCUGCUGUCCCAGACUUUCCUGGAAGUCACCAAAGCAGAGCACGUCAUGGUUCCCAUCGUGACAUUCACCAACCAACGGCAGAUCAGUGACCCAGCAGAAUCCAAGAACAGCCUCAAGGCCAUCCUGACCCAUUCCUUGUUCUCUACUGAGGACAAAUUACUGGCAGAGCUGGAUGCCAUCAUAGGGAAAAAAGGCACCAGGAUCAUCAUUUGGAAUCUUAGAAAAGAUAAAAAUGACAAACCAGAAUUUGACUUUGACAAGGAUAAAUACGACAUCAGAAUUCCAGAAGACUUGGAUGAAACAGGCAAAAGAGGCUACAAAAAACAGGAGAGACUGGACCAGAUUGUUCCAGAAAGUGAUUACUCCCUAAGAGCUUACUGCAGUAUUUUGUACCUGAAGCCAACCAUGCAGAUCAUCCUGAGAGGACAGAAGGUGAAAACACAGCUGGUUUCCAAAAGUUUGGCCUUCAUCGAGAGGGAUAUUUACAGACCCAAAUUUCUCAAUGCCAAAACAGUCAGAAUUACUUUUGGAUUUAACUGCAGGAACAAAGAUCAUUAUGGAAUAAUGAUGUACCACAAAAACAGACUCAUCAAAGCUUAUGAGAGAGUUGGCUGUCAGUUAAAGGCAAACAACAUGGGUGUGGGUGUUGUUGGGAUUAUUGAAUGCAACUUCCUAAAACCAACUCACAACAAACAAGAUUUUGACUACACCAAUGAAUACAGACUCACGAUAGCAGCACUGGGAGAAAAGCUCAACGACUACUGGAACGAGAUGAAAACCAAGAAAAACGAGGAAUAUCCCUUAGCUCUGCCCGUCGAGGAGAUCCAGAAACAGCCUGACCAGACGUGGGUGCAGUGUGACGCGUGCCUCAAGUGGCGGAAGCUCCCGGACGGAAUCGAGCACUUGCCGGAGAAGUGGUACUGCUCCCUCAACCCUGACCCCCAGUUCAGGAACUGUAACGUGCCAGAAGAACCAGAGGAUGACGAUUUAAUACACCCCACGUACGAGAAAACCUACAAGAAAAAGGACAGGGAAAAACUGAAGAGGAGACUGGAGUACAGCCACCAGAUCAAUAAUGAAAUAUUGUUAAAAACAUCUGUUUCUUCAAGUAAAGACUUCAAAACAUUCUCAUCUCCGAAUGCAAAGGAAGCUCUUCCAAGGUUACUUAUACCAAAAUCAUCAGAUGCUUCUGUUAGAAGAUCUCUGCCUAUUUUAAUUAAAGUGUCUCCCCCUCAUCUGGAUGCUGAUAGCAGUCUCAAAAGGAGGACGCAGAGCUGUGCGACACCCGUGGCCCUAAAGACACCUCGGCUCAGUGACCAAACAGUCAACAACCACGAGGAGGAGGAUGAUGAUGAAGAUGUCAUCAUUUUGGAGGAGAGCAGCACUCCAAAGCCUUCAGCAGAUCCUGAUGUUCCUGUGGUAAAAACAGAAUGUAUCAAUUUGGAUCAGGAGGAGAAGCAGAAGGAAAGCUCUCCCGUGGGGGAACCUUGCAGUGCAACCACUUCAGAGGCAAGAAGUGAACAGCUGAGCUCAGCAACACAGACAGAGCUCCCGAAGCUGGUGGUGAAAAAGGAGGAGGUGGAAGACAUCCCAGUCCACAUUCCUGGGGCAGGGAUGGAAAAGGAACAGCACAAGGUCAAUGGUGUUCCUGAGACAUCUGUAGAGAUGGAAAAUGAACUGAAAAAUCAGCUGCAAUCAUUGAACAGAGAAAAAGAAAUGUACCAAAGCAAAUGUGAAGCGUUAACCAAACAAGUGGAAACACUGGAACAGCAGCUUUUGGAGAUGAAUAAUAAAUGUGUAAAAAAGGAGAUGUGCCAUCAGGCAACAGAGACAAUUCCCUCCUGUGGAGAAGGGAAUGCUGAUGGGAGGAGCUUGGCAGAGGUGACAGCUCUCUAUGAGCAGGCCCUGGGGGAGAUAGCAACGCUCAAGGAGCAGUGCAGCACCCUGCAGAACCUAAAGACUGAGUGCAGCAAAUGUGCUGAUGGAGAGAGCAAGAGUGAGGUGGAUGAGAUGGCAGUGCAGCUGGAUGAUGUUUUCAGGCAGCUGGACAAGUGCACCACUGAGAGAGACGGAUACAAAAGCCAGAUUGAAGUCCUAGAAGUGGAGAAGAAUCAAAUGGCCUGUCAGUGUGAGGAGCUCAAGGCAGAGCUGGCUCAGUUAAAAGCUUCAAUCCCACAGGCUGUAGCACGUGCAAAUGAUUCUACCACCAGUAAUGUAGAAGACUCUGUAAAUUUUUCUGAUGGAGAAAGCCUGAAGCUCCGCUCUCUCCGAGUGAACGUGGGACAGCUCCUGGCCACCAUCAUGCCCGACCUGGACCUGCAGCAAGUGAAUUAUGACAUCGAUGUGGUGGAUGAAAUCUUAGGGCAGGUGGUAGAACAAAUGCAUGAAAUCAGCAGUACUUAAAAUCUCAGUGUUUUAGCAGAGUUUUAUUGCUCUUCCAUUAUAACCUGUAGGUUCCAGACUGUAAAUGGGGCUGCUUCACUUUAUAUAUUUGACACAGGUGGUUCUCUCAGUGUAAAUAUUCCACAUUUAGCUGUUCACUUCCUCCUCAAGGAACACUGUCAAUACUGACCCACCCUGAUGUACUUAAUUAAGGAUUUUGCUUUGGAAAUGUAUUUGUAAUUAAAUUUGCAGAUAUUUUUACUAUUAGGAAUCUUAAUACUUUUCUACAGACACCUUUUGGUUGACUUUGGAUCUUAUAUAAACAUUAAUACCUGUGAGUAUUUCCUCUUCUAAAGUAGUGGAAUAUCUUAGAAAUGCAAAAAAAAAAAAAGAAAAAAACUUCCUUGAUUUCCUUCCCAGAGUAGUUGUAUCCCACAGUGUUGUUCCAUUGCUCCCAGCAGUGUUCUGUGUUGCAUUCAUGGGAUAGAAAUGUAAGUAGUAGGUGAGAAUUUGGGCCAUACUUGGGGAAUAUUUGUGUGGUACUACCAAAAUAAGUGUUCUUAAGGGUUAUAUCCUGAAAACUGGGAAUGGACCAAUUGGAUGGAAGAACUUGGAAAAGGAGGGAUGUUUCUUUAUCUGUGGUGUAAACAGGAUGAAAAUGUUCAGCUUCAACAGCUUUAGACAGUUUUUAUUAAAGGCAGGAAGAGCGAAUUCCUCUUUUUCACAUCUCCCCUUUUAGAGUUGUGUGCUCUAAAUCUUCCCAUUUUUCCAUGGUCAUGGGAAAACCUGGAAGCAAUGGUACCAAGAGAAUUUCCCAGCCAGCUGCAGGGAUUUCUUUCCAAGUCAUUGGGAAUGACAAACUGGGUGGCAAAGACAGCACAUCCAUUUUUUCCUCUGUGGUGGGAUUGGUCACUCAAAGAGUGAUGCAGAAAAAUUAUUCUUGCUUUGAGAUACAAAAAAUAAAUUUAAAAAAUAAUUUAAUUAGUAUUCAAUAUGUUAAUUCUUAGGAAGUUGUUGGUUUGUUUUUGUUUUUUUGGUUUUUUUUGUUUUUUUUAAUAAAGCCAAUAUUGUUGGCUUUUGCACUGCUACUGUCCUGAGUUAAUCCCUUGGUGUCCCUUUGAGUCGUAGUUCAGUGGAAUUCUUUCCAUGGACAGUAUUUCAGUGGAAGAUCUCUCUCUAUGCCAAUAAUGGGAAUGCACUACUGUUGUACUUUAUAAAAGAGAAAUUGAAUGUUUGAUUUGGGAAGAGGUGGCUGUAAUAUAACUACGUAUGACUUUUGCAAAGUUUAUAUUUCCCAUUUCUUGGUGUGUAGCUUUUCCAUUUCUUAAUCAUUAUUUAUUAUGUUUCAUCAGACUGUAGCUGAAUUUCUUGUAGACAACUGGCAAAAUAGAGCACAUGUCUAUAUUAAAAAUGGCAAAUUUACAAUGUACAUUUACACUUUGGACAACGGUGGACUUAUGGAAAUGGUUUCUAUUUACUUGUUAAAAUGUAUUUUUUGUAAAAAAUAAAAAUAUAUAAAUCGGA